GCAAAGCUUGAAAAGAACCGCUUUCUUCCCUUUCUUUUGGGGCGUUUGAGGAAGUGACGUUGCUAAUGGUUCAUUUCUAGCGUCAUGUUGAUUUUGCUUUUGACGUCCAGGAAUACGUUCUAAACGUGCAGCUGCUGGCGAUUAUCAUUGCACCCGUUUCAACAGGACCAAAACUUCAUGCCCCACUACAGAGCCUUCAGUUGGAAAAGCACCUAAACUACUCCCCGUGGUUGUUGCCAAUACUUUAAGAGUGCGCGUGUGCAUGCCAGCGAUGGUGCCUGCGGCAGAGUACGCCGUGUUCAGCGUCUUGAUGGCCCUCAACCUGGGACUGGGCCUGUACUUUUCCCUGCCGCGGAAGAAAGCAAGCAGCGCUGGCACCAAGGCAGAGGUGUUCCUGGGGAGCCGAGCGCUUCGCGUCUUCCCUCUGGCAGCAUCGGUGGCUGCCAGCCUCAUCUCUUCCAUCGGCCUGGUGGGUUUGACGGGGCACUUUUACGCUUACGGCUUUCACUUCAUGUGGACCUCCCUUACCACCGUACUAGUCGCACCCGUGGCUGGCUGGCUGUUCCUGACUGUCCUGUACGAACUGCGUGUCACCUCCAUCUUCGAGUACAUUCGGCUGCGGUUUGCUCCAUGCAUCUCAUUAACCACCUCAGUAAUCUACAUUUUUGGCUCGCAAAGCUUUGGUGCACUGGCCAUUUUUGCGGCAAGCCUGACGAUUGUAACAGUAUUUGGAGUUUCGCUGCUCUGGAGUAACAUCAUAAUUGGACUGUGCGCGACAUGUUACACGGCACUGGGCGGACUCAGAGGUGUCGUCUGGACAGACUGCAUGCAGUUAGUCUUCAUCCUGCUGGGACCGGCAACUGUCAUAGCGAAGGUCAUCAUAGACUCGAGAAGUUCUGCAACGGCGAUACAACCAGUCGAUGAUUUCAAUUUGCGCCCAUACAUCGCAAACAUCGAAUUCGACCUUUCUCACGAUGAAAACGUCUGGGUUUCUGUCGCUGCACUGACGGCAUCUCUUUACGCUGUGGGCAUGAACCAAGUCGUCGUGCAAAGGUGCAUGGCUUCCAGAAGUCAAGCCAGUGCUAAAAGGACAGUUAUAUUAGGGGCCGUCCUUCUCAUGGUCGUCAAUCUUGUGAAAUUAGCCAUGGCAGUCGCCCUCAUCCUGUGGUUUCGGGGCUGCGAUCCUGAGCUUUUGGGAGCAAUCAGAAGCCAUGACCAGAUCCUGCCCUUCUAUAUAAAAACUUCCCUGAUGAGCUUCCCGGGGUUCACGGGACUUUUCCUCGCCGCAGUAGUGAGCGCCGCAACCAGCACCAUAUCAUCUGCUAUAAAUUCCCAGGCAGCCAUUAUCUACGUCGACGUCGUAUCGCCACACUUCAAGCAGCUCAAUUCUCACGUCCGCUGGGUAACCCGCGGUCUUGCAUUCCUUCUUGGUAUCAUCAUGACUGUUUACAGCUGUGUCUGCGUCUAUUUGGGAUCUGUAAUUGGGGCCGUAAUUAUGGUGGUUGCAGCAAUUAACGGUCCUUGCAUCGGACUGCUGAUCCUGGCCAUCACAUGCCCGUUUGUGCACUCCAAGGGCGCUGGCACCGCUACGCUAAUCACGUUCGCCAUUCAACUCUUCCUUAUGUGGCAGAGAAUCAGCAGUGGACACAAACCCCCGCACAUGCCGGUGAAUCUCGGCUACUGCCUUGAAAACAGCAGCUCUUUUAGCCACAAGAAAAAUGUCACUCUUCUCUCAAUGCAACAAAGGUCACAGGAUAGCACAGUUUUCUUCCAGAUUUCACCUUUCUGGAGUUGCCUGUUCAGUACCGUGGCUACAGUUGUCCUAGGAAUCUUGAUAAGUUGCGCAGCAGGUGAGAGCCGACAGCGUCGAGCAGAUUCCACUCUUUUAAACAGCUGGUUUGUCAAAAUGUGGAAAAAACUAGGAAUUAUGGAGCGCGACGAACAGAAGGUAAAAGCUGACGCGGGCGAUAAUGUCGCCACAAAGGAAGCGCUGCUAAAGAAAGACGACGACGCCCAACUAGCAACAAGUGUUUGAUGAAGCAAGCACGUCACAUAUAGACCGCGUUCUACAGCACGUGUUGUUGUUUCUCUUUAAUCUAGAACAUGUAUUCAUAAUAGACUCAUAAUAUGAAAACUGU